GAAACAUGUCUCGCUAACCGGACACGUUUCUGAAGCCACACGGGCGGUGGCCGGUGGGUGCAUCUCAACUCCCAAAGGCCAAAUCCAUGGCGAGCUCGCCGAGAUCUCCACCGCCGCCGCCGCCGCCGCCGCCACCGGAGUUCGAGAUCUCGCGGCAGUCCCGCAUCUUCGCGGCGCUGUCCAAGAAGGUGAUAGAUCUCGAUGAGCUGAGGAUGCUGGCGGCUCAGGGCGUCCCGGACGCGGCCGGAGUCCGUUCGACUGUGUGGAAGCUGCUACUGGGUUAUCUGCCCAAUGACCGCUCGCUGUGGGAGCAGGAGCUGGCAAAGAAGAGAUCACAGUAUGCAGCUUUCAAAGAUGAGUUUCUUAGCAACCCUGUAGGUAGAAACAGCGCGACAAGUGGAAAAGAAGGCAACAGCAACGAUAAUGCAGAGCAUGUUGACAAUGGGUUGCUCCACAGGUCAGAGGUAACCCAAGAGGAGCACCCUUUGAGCCUUGGGAAGACCAGUGUUUGGAAUCAUUUUUUUGAGUAUGCGGAGAUUAUGGAACAAAUUGACCGCGAUGUAAAACGGACACACCCUGACAUGCAUUUCUUCUGUGGUGAUUCAUCUUUUGCUAAGUCCAAUCAGGAAUCUCUGAAAAAUGUACUGUUAAUCUUUGCCAAGCUGAAUGCUGGAAUAAGAUAUGUGCAAGGGAUGAAUGAAAUUCUGGCUCCACUCUUCUUUGUCUUUCGGAGUGAUCCAGAUGAUAAAAAUGCUAAAUUUGCAGAAGCGGAUUCAUUCUUUUGCUUCGUUGAGUUGCUUAGUGGAUUUAGAGACAACUUCUGCCAAAAACUUGACAACAGUUCUGUUGGCAUUCGAGGUACCCUAGCGAAAUUAUCACAACUUGUAACAAAAUAUGAUGCAGAACUCCAGCACCAUUUGGAAAUAACUACAGAAGUUAAUCCCCAGUUCUAUGCAUUCAGAUGGAUAACGUUGCUGCUGACCCAGGAGUUCAACUUUGCCGACACUAUUCAUAUAUGGGACACGCUAUUGAGCGAUCCUGACGGUCCCCAGGAAACCUUGCUCAGAAUAUGCUGCGCGAUGCUGAUCCUUGUCCGGAAGCGGCUCUUGGCCGGCGAUUUCACCUCCAACCUCAAGCUCCUGCAGAACUACCCCCCAACAAACAUCAGCCACCUCCUGUACGUCGCGAACAAGCUGCACUGAAGCGAGCUCUCGCGGCGGCCGUGGAGCGCUGCUGUGCUUGUUCAGCUAAAACUGCCACUGAGCCGCAGAACAGCAGCAGAAUUGAACCAUUGUUUGAUGUAUCAUUACUUGUCAAUUAAUCCCUAUGACCUUUUAUAUGUUGACCAGACGAUGACUUGAAUCCCGAGUAAUCAAGGUGGUGCCGUAAUUAGCAUC